GGUUUAACCUGAUUAUCACUACAUCAGAGGGAUAAUUAUAAUUAAUUUACGAUAGAUAUGCUCAGCCAGACCCGCAGUGAUUAUAUAUCUUCUAAAAGGAGCUUUGCUAUUAGGAUAUAAUGCAUCUCAUUGAUCAAAGACGAAGCGAAUACAUAUGUGACUUCUUCGGUCGGGUGGAAGUCAUAACACAAGCGUCCCUGCUGUCCCCGUCCGUGUAAUGUUUGUAUAUUUUUAUUCAUUUCCAGUUCUAGUUAUUUGUUUAUUUUAUUUUUUAUAUCGCGGUUGAGCUCGGGAGGUUGCAAUCUGUUUUUACAAGGAAAAGAUGAGUUCACAAACAAGAACAGGAUAGUAACAGCGGUUGAAGAAGGAUUAGUCCUUGCCACCGCCGUCUCAAGGCAACGAUGCGGUCGAUGGUGUUACUACCUGUAGCUGUCGGCUGGGACUAUUGUUUUUCCCGAACUAUCAUGCGGGAAGGAAAGUUCAGUUUAGUUCGGAGACUUAGGACGUCAUCACAACAGAGCGGGAAAUCGCUGGGUCGUGUCAAACGGCGCGAAACAAAAACGCAGCGCCAAAUAAGGUAGAAAAUCGGCUGCGUGAGGCUGCGAGGAUCACAAGCAAGGACCUCGGCUCGCAUGCAGGACGGUCCUCGCUCCCUGGCCGACAUGCAGGGAAAACUUCACCUAUGUAGACUUUUGGUUGUAGUUACACGUUAAAAAAGAAGCAUAUAUAAUGGUAAUAAUCCGCCAACAUCCGUAGCACCGAGAAUACUAAUAGACACGGCGUGUACUAUAUGUUGUACAGCAUUCUACUCUUGACCCGGGCAGGAUAGUCGACAUCUGUAGCGCCAGACACCUGCAACAGAGGUACGCCGCCAGUGCUAGCCGCUAGAGCCAGCACGCCGCCAUGCCCGCCGAAAGUAAGGUUCUGCCGGGGUAUCCGCACCGCGACCCACGUGGAAGCUCAGGUGGUGCGGCCGCGUCUUCGAGUGGCAGUGCAGGCGGAGGCUCGACCAGCGCGCGGCCCUUAUGUGAUCCUGACUUGCUCCUGCGCGAGUUUCGUCUUGGUUGAUGAUCUAGCAACUCAUACGUCGUCUUCCUGCUAUUCAAGUUUCGACGAUUUUUCCAAGUUACAGCGCGACUAAGGACCCUUCAUCUACACCGCAAGCUUCACGAAUGUAAUGAGUGCGCGAAAAUGUGUGUGAGUGAAUGAACUUUAAUCGGACUUUUAAAAAGACUUUCGCCGAAAGAUACGAUCAUUCAAAAUAACGUCUGUGUAGCCUAGUCCAUGGGUUUGAUCGCGCGCUCCACUGAAGCUUUGAAGUGCCGGCAAACCAAUAACUGCCACUGUUGACAUGUGCUUUUUAAGAUGAAACGGCUGACACGAUGGCUGAAGAUUCAAUCAAGCAGCUGAUAGAAACCCAAGCCGAGGAAUAUAAACACCAGAUUGAACUCUUAUCAGAAAGAUAUGACGAGCGAGAAAAGAAAAUGUUGACGGAAAUACGAGACCUCCGAACCGAUGUACGAGACCUUCAAACAAGGCUAGAAUCCACCCAAAAAGAAUUGGUUGAAUUAAGAGCCGAACUGCCGAAGCUGAAACGACAGAUUAAGCAAUUAAGUGAUUACCAGUCUAGCAUUAAAAUCCUAGAGAAGCGUGUCAAUCAUUACGAAGAAAACAAUCGCCGUAACAACCUCGUUAUCGAUGGCAUGCCCGAAGAUGACAACGAAACUGUGGAGGAAACCCAAGUCAAAGUCAUUGCCUUGUUAUCGGAGAAGCUGGGUCUCCCUGCGACGACACCCCUGCAGGCGCGUCGCAUCGGGAAGGGCAACGUCGGCAAGUCGAGGGCGGUCGUGGUGCGCUUCACCGAACGCCAAGACCGAGAGGCCACCCUCAGGAAUGCCAGCAAAUUGGAAGGAACCAACAUUUUCAUCAACGAGUAUUUCUACCCGACAGCGAGGAAGCAGCGAGAGGCUCGUCUCUACCAGCCAAAGCAAGACAGGAGGCCGAAUGGAUCCGUCAUCGCGCCUCUUGCCCAAACUACUUUCCCGCCCAAACUCGAUGCGAAAACUACCUCCCUCCACCCACCCCCAGCGCCCGCAGGCCCCAUCACCGGAUCUUCCGUAGAAAUUGAACAAGACAACGACUGCUCGGAGGGUCGGAGUCGCCAGGUGGUGUCCGUGCACGUGGGCCAGGCCGGCGUGCAGAUCGGCCAAGCCUGCUGGGAACUCUACUGUCUGGAGCACGGCAUCUACCCUGAUGGUGUGCCGUAUAAUGACUUUGGCGACGGCAAUCUUGACCCUUUCUUCUCCGAAACGAAGGAGGGGCGAUACGUGCCCAGAACUCUCUUCGUUGACCUCGAACCAUCUGUUGUGGACGAGGUGCGGCAUGGCGUGUAUAGGGACCUCUUCCGUCCCGACGACCUUGUCACUCACACCGAGGACGCAGCUAACAACUUCGCCCGCGGCCGAUACAGCGUCGGACAGGAGGUUGUACGCAAAGUCCUUAACCGGAUAAGGAAGCAGGCGGAAGCAUGUUCUGGGUUACAGGGUUUUAUGUUUUUUCAUUCGUUUGGUGGAGGCACUGGGUCAGGUUUCAUGUCGCUGUUAUUAGAGAAAGUGAUGGAAGAGUUCACAAGUCCCAGUAUGCUAAGGUUUUCAGUUUUCCCCUCACCCCGUAUGUCCACUGCUGUCGUUGAGCCCUACAAUGCUGUGUUGCAUGCCUCCACCACCAUGGAAUAUGACCAUUGUGUCUUUGUGUUUGACAAUGAAGCCACUUACAACCUGUGCAUCAACAAACUACAUGUCGGUCGUCCAAAUUACAAUAACCUAAAUCAUCAUGUUGCACAGGUGGUGUCUGCAUCAACUGCUUCCCUUCGCUUUGAUGGAGAUCUUAAUGUUGAUCUUAGAGAUUUUAAAACUAAUCUUGUGCCACUGCCACGUCUUCACUUCCCAAUAGUUACAUAUGCACCUGUUAUAUCAGCUGACAAUGCAAAUCAUGAACAGCAGUCUGUAGCAGACAUGACUAAUGCCUGUUUUGAUUCUUCCACUCAAAUGGCUACUUGUGAUCCCAGCAACGGCAAAUACAUGUCAUGCUGUCUAUUGUAUCGUGGUGAUGUAAUACCUAAUGACGUCCAGAGAGCCAUAGCUGCUAUUCGAGUCAAGAAGACCGUCCAGUUUGUAGAGUGGUGUCCAACUGGAUUCAAAUUGGGCAUCAAUUCUGGCCCCCCAACUGUAGUUCCAGGAGGAGACUUGGCAAAGACAAACAGAGCCGUAUGCAUGUUAGCUAACACAACUGCCUUCAGGGAGGCAUGGGCACGUGUAAAUCUCAAAUUUGAUCUCAUGUAUAGCAAGCGAGCCUUUGUCCACUGGUAUGCUGGUGAGGGUCUUGAGGAAGCAGAACUUUCUGAGGCUCGUGAGAACAUUGCCCAGUUAGAGAGGGAUUAUGAAGAGGUGGAUGGCCAUGAUGAUGACUUAAUGGACAAUCAUGAAUUUUAGCUCAUUAUCAAAAUAUAUAUCACAGGACAAUAAAUUACAAUACAAUAUUUA